GUCAACAACUUUUAACGAUUAUGUUUCUUAACAAAGCCCUUUAACAUGAAACGCAGAUAGAUACAAAUCCAAGACAUGCAUCUUUUUAGAAAGAAAACCUAUUCCCUUGCCAGAAACAGAUUAUUUGAGUAAAUAUGACAUAUUUAGAUUUAUUUUUCCACAGUGAAAGGUCGUAACCAAGGCGUUGCUGACGAAUGCAUUAUGAUUAAAUAGUCUAUUCAAUACACAUGGGCUAUGUACACGGAGUUGCUAUUUAUAAUAAUAGAUCUACAUUCAUUAGUCCAUUAUAAUAUUCCUCUAGAGAAUAGUUUAGGAUUUAUUAACUUUUAAGAUGGUUGCGUAAAUAAAAUCAAGAUGAAACCGAGAACAGUGGUCUGCUAUAUUUGUGGUAGAGAAUUUGGAAGUAAAUCAUUACCUAUCCAUGAACCACAAUGUAUAAAGAAAUGGCAAAUGGAAAAUGACAAUCUACCAAAACAUUUGAGACGUAAGCCUCCUGUAAAACCAGAAAUUCUGCCAUCUAUAGGAGGGAGCGGCAGUGACACUCAGCGUCUGAAUGAAAUGGCAUGGCAGAGUGCCCAGGCCAAUUUAUUAGCUUGUGAAAAUUGCGGUAGAACAUUUAACCCUGACAGACUUCCAGUACAUCAGCGAAGUUGUCGACCAGGUAAACCAAUGAAUCCAAUAAAAGGAAAAGAUAGCGGAGGACGAGAAAUUCUGCGCCCUAAAACAGCUACAUUAGAUGGUCCAAAGGUCAUUGAUAAACAGUCGACCCAAGAUCUAGCAGGAAGACAACCCUCCGAUAAGUCAAGUAAUAGAAGUGUAAAUAGCCAGUCCACCUCUCAAAGGGUCAGUCGACAAGAAACAUUUGUUGCCAAGAAUCAGAAAGAACCACCGAAAAAACAACAAGCACCUAGAUUUGUAUUGUGUUAUAUUUGUGGACGACAAUUUGGUACACAAUCUAUAGCUAUUCACGAACCUAAAUGUCUAGAAAAAUGGAAAGCAGAAAAUAAACAAUUACCUAAAGAGCAGAGGAGACCUCUACCAAAAAAGCCAGAAGUUAUUGGAUCAUCAAAUGGAACCGUUGAUUAUAAUGCUAUGAAUGAUGCUGCGUGGCAGGCGGCACAAUCAAAUUUGGUGCCAUGCCCCAACUGUGGUAGAACUUUCAACCCUGAUCGUUUACAAGUUCAUCUACGGGCCUGUAAACCUAAAGAUGGCAGCUCUCCAGCAGUACAAACCACACCGUCUGGUUCUAGUAAUGUUGGCAGUGUCACUGGAUCAAGUUUUGGAGGAAAACAAAGAGAUGCAUCUCCGGAGAAAGGACCUCGUACACUGGUAUGUUAUAUUUGUGGACGAGAAUUUGGAACAAAAUCUCUACCCAUUCACGAGCCUCAAUGUCUAGAAAAAUGGAAGGUCCAGAACAAAAAGUUGCCUAAAGAACAAAGACGACCAUUACCCAAGAGACCUCAAGGUUUGGGAGGAAAUGGAGAAAUAACUAGGGAUCAGAUGAAUGAAGCAGCGUGGCAGGCAUCGAAAGAACAACUGGUUCCAUGUCCAAAUUGUGCAAGAAGAUUUGCUCCUGAUCGUUUACCUGUUCACUUACGUGCAUGUCGACCUAAAACAAGUACAAUACGUAAAGGUGGAGGACCUGUCGAUAAGGAGCCACCUCCAGCACCUAAAACUGUAACCUACAAACCACGACCAACUGUUGUCUGUUAUAUUUGUGGAAGAGAAUUUGGAUCCAAAUCUAUAUCAAUCCAUGAACCACAGUGUCUUAUUAAAUGGCAUAACGAAAAUAAUCAAUUAUCAAGGGAAUUACGGCGCCCAGAACCUGUUAAACCAGAAGUACAGACAAUAGGAGCUUCAGGAAAGUAUGAUAUUGAAGCUGUAAAUGAGGCAGCAUGGAAAGCAUCUCAGGCUAAUCUGGUGCCUUGUCCUAACUGUGGUCGAACAUUUAAUCCUGAUCGUCUAAUUGUUCAUCAACGAAGCUGUAAACCUAAACCACCAAAAGACGAUUAAGAUACCUUAUUGCACUUAGAGCUUAGAUAUAUGUGUAAAUAUGUAAUUAAUGCAUUUGAUAUAUAUACAUAUAUUAAUAUUUAGUACAGAUAAACUACAGACUAUCUUUCCAUUGACAUACCGUUGUUCGAACCAUUAACACCAGAGGUCCAAAAGAAACUCGACUUUUAUUGAAAAUAAAAGUGUCGCAAUUACCAACACAUAGGUAAAGAGCAGUGAUGGGAUUUCGCCCGCAUAUUCCAGACAUUUCCGACGUGAUUAUCUAAACAUCUUAAAUUGUCUGAUCAGGAAUAUGCCCAAUCGGACAUCAAGGUAUGGUGAAUAAUAUUCAAAAUUCCAAAAUUAAUAUAGUGUACUGAGUGUAUAUCUACCACUCAACUUGAUUAUCGUUGAUAAUAGGAUGGAUUGAUUAGGUAAUUAAUUGAUCAACGUACUUAUCGUGUCAUACCGCCUAUACACCUACCUUGAUUAACUAGUUAAUCUGCCUUGAUUGGCUGACUUAAUCCUUUAUCGGACGAUUCAUCAAUCCAAUUGCUUCUCCUUUGUUGGACUAUGGAUCAAUCCAAUAAGAGUGAUUAUUUACUUAAUUACAUGAUUGAGCCAUGAUUUCUCCAUUGUCGGACUUUUUAAUUUCCUUGAUGCCUGCCGACAACACAUAGAAAUUAGUCAUAUAUGUCACAUAUCAUGAUAGUAUAUAACACCCCAAAACAAUAUACAUUGUAUCCGAUAACUUGUCUGCGAUAUCACUUUGGUGGAAGCGAGUGUUAAUUGAAAGAAAGUAUUUUGGGGGUUUAGUAUAUGAAGGGAUCAUUUGUUUUUACAAAACCACAACAAACUCUGAUCUUAAUUUACUUUGAUGUAUAUUUAAUGAGUGUAUAAUUUGUGCCAUAAUUCCAAUGAUUAUAUAUUUCAAUUUUCUGUGAUAAAACUACUUCUAAUUAGAACAAACUGUAAAUAUAUAUACUCUGUACAAAGAUAUAUAUAUAAGCUAAAGUAUAUAUUUAUGGUUUGAGGGCUUUAAAAUUACAAUUUAUUAUGGAAAAAGUUUUAUUCAAAAUUACAUGCCAAAUCAUGUUAUAUUUUUAUUCAUUGAGUCACCUUGUAAAUGCAUAUUAACGUCAUAAAUUGAUUUAUUACCAUAAAAUAACUGAUAUUUUGAUGUUCCUCAAGUUUAAUACCACAUAGAAUAUAUGUAAAGGAAAUUGUAACCUGUGUCAUUGAUGCAUUUCACUGCUGUAUUGAAAAGACAAAUUAAAAAAAACAUGGUCCUUUACACAUAGGGGCUUUAUUAAAGAAAACUUAAGUGAGAAUAUUUUAAAAUUUGUUCUAUGAUUUUAGUGCUCAGCCAAUGAACAAUCAGUAUUUUUAAAAUAUUUUAGUUUUAAUUUUCCUGAAUAGAGCCCCCUCACUUCACUAUAAUCUGUGAUAUACAGAUAUAUUAGUUCAUUUAUACAGGUCCUAGUGCAGGUGUGUGCAUAAAAGUGGACAUGGUCACAUUUGAUGUUUUGAAUAUGAGUAUUUGUUUUAUAUUUGUAUUUUCUUUUUAGUUUUCCAAAAUAUUGCGUCCAACCAUAUAUAUAAAACCGUCCUAAGUGACAAUUAUUAUUUUGUCAUUUGUAUUAAAUCUGUCCAAAUCUAAUCUGCUGUAUCAAUUUAUGUGAUAAUAAUUAUUUAUGUUAUAAUAUUGUUGUAUUAAAAUCAUGUACAGGUAGUGACAUAUUACCAUAAGUUCAAAUAAGAGAAAUGAAUACUUGUUAUAAAAUAUAAAUUUAUACGGAUACCAGUUAUUUAUAUUAUAUGUAUAAAAUAUUAUUAUAUUAAAAAUUUUGUAUAAACGUAUUAACUACAUGUUCAAGAUAGCGGAAAAGGUUAUAAUUAAAUAUUAAUUUAUAUGUGAUAACAAUUAUUUAUAUAAAUGUAUCUACAAUAUUGUUGUAUUGAAAAUUUGUAUUAAAGUAUUAACAAUAAGUUCUAAUAAGAUAAAGUAAAAGUUUAUGAUUAAAUAUAAUUUCAUGGAUGUAUUAAUAUCAGUUAUUAGUUUUUGUUUUAUUGAUCAAGUGCUAUAAUAGUAUUAUUUGUAUUAGGAAAUAUAUUCACUCCUUAUGCCAUUCUCAAAUUAAAGCCCAUCCAUUAUUAACAAAAUAAGAAGUUCACAAUAAAACAGUUUUUUUUAAAAAUCUGACAGAUUUAUCAUCUUCAUGUAUUUGAAUAUCUACAGCACUCCUAAUUAAUAUCUGGAACUAUUAUAGUUCAGGUGCGUUUGCGCAAGACUUAAAGAUGCAUUAUGUAAGAUUUAGAUAAAGAGAUGGGUCAGCUGACCAUUCUUGCUAUAGUUAGUUCAAAAAUAGGUAAUGAGAAAUGAAUAUAUUGAAAAUUUCUUUCAAAUUACUUUUUUCUGGGCAACUUUAACUUUCUGAUCUAUGGAAUUAUUUCUACCACAUUCUAAUAUUUUAAAUUUAAAAAGAAAAACAACAACUUUAGGAUUUCUUAAAAUGUGAUAUUAAAUACAGUAUUUACACAGCCUUUAUAUACACCAGUGUACUAUAUAUGCAACUGUAUUUGUCAAUUUUUGUUGAUUAUUUGUGACCAGUUCUGGCUAAAAGUGAAUGAAUUUACUGGAUUUCUUUAGGUUAAUUUGUUUUGUGGUAUGACAUGUCUUCAUUGAAAUUUUAUGCCUCUAGGUAAACCCAGUGUGUUCUACAAUAAGCCAAAAUGAAACUAAAAUUAUUAAAUAAGCAGACUUCUGCUUAAACUUUCCAACUAAUAUUAGUAAAUAAUCUGAUUUCUGCUUAAACUUUCAAACUAAAAUUUAAUCAUAAAAGACUUGCCUCAUCAACUCAAAAUCAGUAAAUGCCAUUUGUAUAUAAAGUAAUGGACCAAUGACUUACUUCUCAGUUAUCCAGAACUGAUCACAUUUUGUUGUAUGAUUAUUAUAUCUUAAUUGUUUGUAAUGUAUACUAAUUUGAUUAUAUUUAGAGGUCUGUUAUGUUUUUAUAUUAAAUAUUUAUGAUUUAAUUAUUAUUUACAUUCACAUAAACACAAGACAGUUUGUCAAAUGAAGUUUGGAUUAAAAAAUAUUUAUGAAAAUAUUAUUGUACUUCUUAAAUAUUUGUUAAAUUUAGAAAUGUAAUGAUUAGUUUCCUACUGUUAUCCAUAUAAACAAUUUCAACAUUCAAAAGUGUG